AUGGUCACCAUUCAUUCAAACCUCAAGCCAUGGCAUCAGUCCAUGACAAGCAACCUGCAGCACUACUCGCACACCACCGUCUCUCCUCUAUUCACCACCAAACUUAACCCUUCAAGAAUUUCAUGCACUUCUUCAUCAGAAAAGAAUGAAACUUCCCCAGCAGGCAGAAUCAAGCGCCUUGUUCUUCCUCAAGACGGCAGAACCAAGCUCAAUACUUACCCGGACAGAGACUUCUAUGCCUAUCCGCGCUUCGUGACCCAUGUCGACGAUGGCUUCAUUUCCACAUUGACCAAUCUGUAUAGAGAAAAGUUGAGACCCGAGUCAGAGAUCCUUGAUCUCAUGAGCUCAUGGGUUAGUCAUCUACCGAAGGAGGUACAGUAUAAGAAAGUCGUGGGACAUGGCCUAAAUGCCCAAGAGCUUUCCAAGAAUCCUAGGCUGGAUUACUUCUUCGUCAAGGAUCUGAAUCAAGAUCAGAGUCUCGAGUUGGAAAGCUCUAGUUUUGAUGCUGUGUUUGCGGAUGUUUUCCGGGUUCUAAGACCAGGAGGGGUGUUCAUAGUGAGCUUUAGCAACCGAUUGUUCUACGAGAAAGCAAUUGGGGCAUGGAGAGAUGGGAGUGCGUACAGCCGAAUACAGUUGGUAGUGCAAUACUUUCAAUCUGUGGAAGGGUUCACAAAAGCUGAAGUCGUUAAGAAAUUACCGGAUGCCGAUGGUACCAAGAGUCGUCAAUCACCAUUCGGUUGGUUUAUGGGUUUGCUUGGAUUGCUCUCCGGGUCUGAUCCCUUCUAUGCAGUCAUAGCUUACAAGAACUUCAAACCUAUAUAUGAAACAGAAUGA